AUAUAUGGUCAACCCCAUCCCGCCAAACCGGUCGUUCAGGAGUUGAUCAUAGCCAAAGGUCACAAAGCGUUGAGUAAUCAGAAAGCAUCUUUCACACGAUCCUCUGAAUCUAGACCAUUAUUGACAGAGCUACCGCAUCUUCGACUUUGACCACCCUCACAGCCACGCUGCUCACGAUGAGUUGGCUCAAAUACCUCGAGUAUUACCUUGCGCGAUUGCUCUACAACAACAGAGGCCGAGAUGCCAAACUGUUGAUAAACAGCGCGCUUUUGAAAGACAUUCCCAAGAACAUCCACGUUGAGUCUCCUGAUGUGGGCCCGUCAGAGUCGCAUCUAGGCCUCGAGUACUCCCAGUACGGAGGGAGCAAAUUCCCGCAGCUAUCCUGGUCCCUCGCUCUUGAUGCGAAGAUCUCCCAAGCCGACAUUAAAGAAUAUAUGCUGCUCAUCGAGGACCCAGAUGCACCACUACCCUUAGUCCCCAACCACGGCAUGUACUAUGCCAUCCCAGCGACCAAGACAUCAAUCGGUCCUGACGACCUAAAGCUCGACCCAGCGAGACAGGACAACGGCGAAAAGUGGUUGAAGGGUGGUUUCCGUUUGGGCAAGAAUCUCCGUGGGUCGCUCUACUCUGGACCAAGACCUCCUGUCGGCCACGGACCACAUCGAUACUUCUUCCAAUUGAUUGCCCUGAGGGAAAAGGUUGACAGCACCAAUCUCAGUCCGGUGGCCACGAAAUCGGAGUUAAUGGAACAUAUCAAAGGCAAGGUCAUUGGCUAUGGCGUUUGGAUCGGGGUAUUCGAGAAGAAGUGGGAUUAGGCUUUCUUUUGCUCCUUGGGUCGGCAACGGCCCUGACGAUCUAGCCAUAAAAUUGGUGGCUCCUUUUCAAACAAUAGUCCGAAAUACUGUGUAUCCGCUGCGUGUCGAUAAUAUUACAAUGGGAAUGAUAGGACUCAAGUCGUACAGUCGUUACUUAUCCCACAGCUCCCAGUGUCUCAUCCGUCCAU